AUGCAAGCGUAUAAAUGGAAUCUUGUAGUUAUGGUCUACAACACACUGGUUCCUGGUUCAGAUGUGCUAGCCGAAGAAAUCAAAAAGUUACAAGUUGAAAGAAGUGCACAAGAUCAUCCAAACUACUUCGAAUUUGAAAUAAAUUAUCAAUUUCCGUUUGAAGGACUAACUUCUAUUGAAUUCACUGAAUGUAUAGAUCAAAUGUUAAGAGAAAUUCGUCCAUGUUUAGAACCAUUAGUUAAUAUCUUAGAAAGUAUUUGGCGUGCAGAUGCAAGAGUUAUUAUAUUCAAUGGAAAUUUCUUUGAUUUAAAUACACUACUGUAUAUAGCAGAUAGUUUGAACGGAACGAAACAUGAACACUUGAAAGCGUUGUUUGGUGAGGAUUAUGUAUGGAUAUUUACACCAUCUACAAUGAGUUCACUUACGGUAGCAGAUAAUCAGGACAAAGUUUCAGCAGAUAAUAAUGUCCUUGCCGAAUCAACAAUGUUUAAAAAAAUUCCCGGAAUGUUUGGAUUAAUAUGUCUGAAUGAUCAUGGUAGUCGUAAACGUAGUGCUGAAAUAGCACGUGAAGUUUGGCAAAAAUCAAUGAUUGAAUUAAUUUAUCAGUUAACACAAAUCUAUCCACCAGACAGAUCAAUACAGAUUGACACACCGAAUAAAGAUACACUGAUUUACUUUAAGCAAAUUCUAGAAAAACUUAGACCUGUUAAAUUGUGUCAAUAUUCUGAUCAUUUAAGUUGGCAGUGGGGAAGACGAAUGUAUGAUAUAAUGCACACAAUCGUUGUUAAUGUGGACAAUGAACCGAUCAGCUUCCUUCCAAAUGGUGGGCUCAACGUCUCCAAGUUAUAUAUUUAUAAUUCAAGGAUUAUCGAAGGUCGGAUGAAAUGGUACAAGGUUGGAACUUGGUCUAUGAGUAGCAAAUGGGGUCGAAGUAAAUCAAGACUUAGAAUUGAUGGUGUUACAUGGCCAGGUGCAUCGAAUUCCCCACCUAGAGGUCGACCACACAAAUUCAAAUUACGUGUGGUAACAAUAAAAGAAAUACCAUUUGUAAUUUAUAGCAAAGCCCAGGAGGGUGGAACUUGUGAUGCUAAUUCAAUUCCAUGCAACUGA